AUGAAAUAAAGGCUUACAGGGUAAAUUACGCAUUAUAUUUAAAUUUACCAUGUAAUAACUAGUUUUAAACUACCUUUUGCAUGAACAUGGAAUAAAGAGUUAUAUAUACUUCAUAAGUGAUUAAUUUUUACAGACAAUAUUUUGCAUGGAUUAUUAUUAAUUAAUGAAAGGAAUAUUUUAAUCUUAACAAUCAUGUCCAAUCUGGAUUUUACAGAGUUGGAUCAAUGGAUGAAGGAUCUAAAUGUCCUACAGUCGGAUUUACAUCAAAUUCGUCCCAAUAGUGACAAGAACCAUCACAUACCUUUAAAUAACAAAGAUACUGGUGAAGUCAAUUUCCCUGUUUACAGACAAUCAUCACAUCUCAUAAAGGAUACAGUGAAAAAUAUAACGACGCCAACCUCAGCAACUGGAAAGUAUAAUACCCUACAACUAAGUAGUAAAGAUAACAGUAUACCCAAAACGAAUCUGUCAUCCCAAAGACAACAACAAGUACCUCAUCAACCGAUAAGAACAACAACAAACACCUGCAGUUCAUCUGAAUCACACAUCACAUCUAUUUGUUCAGUUAGUCGAGAAAAUCAGAACAGAACUUUCCCAAAAUAUGAGUAUAACAUUCAGUCUAAUAAAUUCAUUAAUGAAUCAUUUCAAUAUCGAAGAACACCGGAGAACUCAGUGGAUAACAACAAUUUGAACUAUGAAAUAACGAAUUGUACAAGUAAAACAGACUACCAUUUACGUAAUAGUACAACAAAGGAACCGAAAUCUGUACACUGGUCUGAAGACUUAGACACUACAGACGCCAGCAGAAAACAAGUAGUCAGUGGUGUUCACAAUACAAACAACAAUAUUAGAAUCGUACCCAGUUAUCCUAUCACUGCCGCUACUGCCAUUACUACUACUACUACUACUACCACUACUACUGGUAGUAUAGUGAGUAGCGCCAACAGUCAUAUCAACAUCUACGGAACCAGUUAUCCAGUAAAUCAAGCACCUUCAAUAAAUACUAGAAGACAAAAUAUUACAGAAGAUGAAUCAGUUGUUCCUAAUACUUCAUAUCUUCCAUCACAUACAAAACCUGUCAAUGAAAUUCUCCGAAAGCUAUCAUCUUCAUCAUCUGUUUCUCCAAAUGCAUCCAACCAGAUUCCUAGAAGUCAAAGUUUAUACACCUACUUGUUUAAACAAAACGAACUAAAUAAUAAGCCGGUUACAACCAGUAUAAACUUAUUGUCAAGUACAAUAAGACCUUCAAGACCACAUGAUGGUCAACCUAAAUUACCUCCUAAGCAGACUCCUGUAAACACAACCAUCAACAGUUCUGAUACGAAAGAUAACAACAAGAAUACUGUUGAUUAUUCUGUGGCUAGAAGGUCAACAUGUUCAUCAGUAUAUGGAUUAGAAAACAUGAUUUCUUCGAAUUCAUCAACUACAUCUCAUAUACCUAUGUACACUAAACAUUUCUCACCAACUCCUAUAAGAGGAUCUCCAUGGCAAACGGAAGCUGACAGAUUCAUCGACAGAAAUCAAUCCAGUGGACCAAAUCUUAGCCUAAAAAUCUACCUACCGGAUCGUACAAGUAGAUUUGUAUCUGUAAAUAAUACAACAACUGUACUGCAAACUUUACAAAGUUUAACUGGUUCAAGUCAAAAACUUCUCAAUAUGCGACAUGCUCUAGUGGAAAAAAUUCCUGUUUUACAAUUAGAACGCUGUCUUGAAGACAAUGAAUAUUUACUAAAUUAUUUAUCAACAUGGAAAACAGAAAAUGAAAAUUUAAUUUUUUUUGAAGAACGUCAAGAUAUGUAUGGAUUAUUUGAAAGUCCAAAGAUUUGGUUGGGGGAACAUUUUACUGCCUUCAGUAUUACUUCCAAUAAAAAUAUUUUCAAUCGAAAUGAAAAAUUCAGCUUACCCUCACAUACAGAUCAGUUGUAUUUACGUAUUGGACCUACAAAAUGGAAAAGAAGAUACUUUCAUUUGAAUAAAAAUGGUUUAUAUUUUAGUAAACAAAAAUCACCAGAUAAGUCUUCAAUAAAACGUUUGAAUAUCUUUCAACCAAAUUUGUAUCUAUACAUUACAAUGCCAAAUCAAGUCAAUACAGAAUCUCCUACCCCAUUUGGACUGGUUGUAAGGCCUCAUUCAACGCAGCAAGCUGAUUCACGUGUCAUUGUUGAAAUGUGUGCACUUAAUGAGGAAUCAUGGAAGAUAUGGUAUUCUUUACUUCGUACCGCUUUGUUUGGUAAACGAUUAUCCAUAAAUUAUAUGGUCAGAACAGAUAUUGUGAAAGUUUAUCGUGAAAAUUGUUCACAUGGAGAUUAUCAACUCAGGAAUUCAUCAUGUUUUAAUUCAAUAAGUGAUAGGCCUAUAUCAUCAACUACUUCAGAUUUAGAAAAUGAACAAAUUUUAGGUGAUAUACAUUCAUCAUUUGAUCCUAGUUCAAAAACAAGCUCUAUUGAUAUUGGUUAUCCAUUGAAAUCAGUCAGUUAUAGUGUAAAUGAUUUAUCUAAACCUUUACAAUUAAAUCUACCAAUGAAUGAAGGUAAUCAUCGACCAAAUGAAGCGUCAAGUUUAACUAGUCUUACACUUUAUCCAAUUCAAACAUCAAUAGAUCAAUCAAUAAAUCGUCAAAGUCGGCUAGAUAAACGAAAUAUUAAAUUAGUAAAAAAGCGUAUUUUUGGUAAUGGACCAGCUGCACGUCGAUGUACACGUUCUAUUAGUCAAAUUAGUUCACCAUUUAAUAUUAGUUUACCUAAUUGGAUACGUGCAAGUUAUGAGGAUAAAGUGAAUGAACGAUUCAAUGAAACAGUAUUAUAAUUGAAGAAUGAUAAAUAGACUUUUGUAUGUAUUAUAUCAUUCAUGAGAUGAAUAUACAAUAAGAUAGCAAGUAAGCUAUAUUCAAUGCCCUAACAGGAGGUUAUUAUACAUCACAUCAUCUGAUAGAUGUACACAUACACAUACACACAGGGUGAUUAAGAAUCUCCAGGUACCUUUUAAUUUCAUCUUUUAUAGAACUCAAAUAAAAAAAUUCACUAAUAAAACUAUUGUCAUUAAUCAAUAUUAUUCAGUUAUUGUAUAAAAGUAUAAACCAGAGCCAUUUUAAAGAUUGACAAAAUUCUUAUUAUAUGAAGUUAUUACUAUCAGAUAUGCAUAUUAAUCAGAAUAUAUGAUUUAAUAAGAGAAUACCUACAUAUUUUUUGCUUUUUUUUUUAAUUAUUACUAUUUAAUCAUACAAGAUUUUCAUUAUACUUAUUAUACUACUCACAAAACUACUUAUUACAAUAUUAUCGUAUCAGCUAUUCAUGUACUGAUCUCGUUUCGUCAAUCUAAACAAAUGAGACUAACCCGUAUACAAACAUUGAACAUAUAUGAAUGUAUAUGGACUACUUUUCUGUUGUUGUUAUUGUUGUUUUUUCAUGUAUCAGACAAAUUUAAUUGUACAUACAUAUAUAUAUCUUUAAAGUGAACUGAUUUAAAAUGUUUUCUGCCGUAAGAUAAUCUACAGAAAAAAUGAUGGAAAUAAACUAUUUUAUUGUGUUGUAUUUUUAAGGUAGAAUAAAUUUAUUUUAAACAUUGUAAGUAUUUUUCCUCAUUUUGUUUAACUAUUUGAAUUUCCCACACUUUUUUUAUUUUAUUGAUUUAAACAAAAGUGUUAUUGAAAAUAAAACUAAAUUAUUAUCAUUAUUAAAGAUUAUUAUCUACAGUAUUUAUAAUAAACAUAGUUGAUGUAUACUUGGAAUUAUUGAGAAUAUAAAACACAAGAAUUGGCUAGAAUGAUGUGCAGAAAAAUAAAUUAUUUAUUUGU